GGAGAACAUGGAGGCCGAUACCUGGAGAAGAAGACUCGUGGGGCCCGGCAAUCAUCACAGAUAUUCACCGGAGAUCCCAGCUCAGGAAGGGAAUCAACGGUGCAGCAACCAACUGCAAAGUCUGGGGAUAACACAGCCCUGAACGCCAUUAGAUUAUAUUGUACCUUCCCUGAUUCGCAAGAUAAACAGGAGACAAUUACAUCUACAGUCGGAGGUGCGGGGACCUGGGGUGACGAGUAUUGGUGUCCCAGUGGAAAUCUUAAAUAUUUUAUCUUGAGAGUUCAGGCACCGCAGGAUGAAGGAGAUGACACAGCAGCCAACAACAUCUUAAUGAUUUGUUCAGAUUCCACAGUUCUAGAGCCAAAGGGUGGCCAAUUGGGAACUUUUGGGAAAAUCAGUGGAAAAUGCUCAAGUGGUAUCUGUGCAAUCCAAACCAGAUUGGAACCAUCACAAGGUCCAGAAGAAGAUGACACCCAGCUCAAUGAUGUCAAGUUUAGAUGUUGCUAAACCUAAAGCAUCAUCAUAAUGAAAAUUAAAAUCAAAAUCUCAUGAAUAAAAUCAUUAAUAAAAACUUCU